UGUUUACAGUGUAAACUCAACUCCGGUUCGCUGAAACCCUUCCAUUGUGACAACUUUUCCUUAUUCUGCAUAUUAUUCAAGCAAAUAGGAUAUAUAUUUAUCUGAGGGCGGCAUAGAAACUAUCUGUGGUUAACAAGAAAGGAGUAGAACAUCAAAAUGUCGUUCCCGGCGAGUCAUAAGACAGUGUUUGUGUUGGAUCACACGCUGACUGCUUCGUCGGGAGUCAAGUUGGAAAUUGAUAGCUUUAGUAAAUCCAGGAGUGGAAACAGUAAUAACCAACCCCAAUCACAACCGAUGAACCUUAUACCUUUGUUGCCAGUUACCAAAUCUCUUUGGACGUGUGCUGUGGAAGCCAUUACGGAAUAUUGCAGAAUAGUGUGGGACAUCUUCCCAGGAUCUCGCCUUAUACGCUUUAUUGCAGUUGACAAAACUGUUCACAAGUUAUCUUCAUGGAACCUGGAAGACCAGUGCUUAACCAGCCUCAUGAAUGCAUUCAUGGCCCUUGGACCAGCCAAAAACAUUGGGGGCAACAAGCUUGACUUGAUAAAAGGUGUUAAGGCAGCCAUUGAGGCUCUGACUAAACCUUCGGCUGUUCAGCAUGAAAAGAGAACUUCACUCACUGAGAAUGCUACCAAGGUGUUGAACAAAGGGAGAAUUAUUUUGGUGACAAAGUUGGAUAGUGAGGAAGAGGUAAAAAACAUAAAGGAAAAAUUUCAUGGAACCUUAUUGUACAUGAACAAGAAUGCUGCUGCCACAGAUAAUUUAAUGGCAAUCAAUCACUGUGACCUCGUCAUUCUCAACUUGUGGCCAGAGGGUCCACCAUGCCCCAUGCCAAUCAAAUCAUGGCCAGAUGUCUCUACUAUUGUGUCCUGUGAGUACACAAAUAUCCAGUGUGGGACUGCCUUAGCUCCAAAACUUUGCAAUCUGGUGCUGAAACACUAUGACUUAGCCUCAACCACAGUGACUGGUAUACCAAUGAAAGAGGAACAAAAUGCAAGUUCAUCAGCAAACUAUGAUGUUGAACUAUUCCAUCCAGCAGCUGCCCAUGCAGCAAUUUUAAAAGGAAUUCCAUCAGAAACUGCACAUCUUAAGACAUAUCGUGAAGGUACAGAUUAUGAGACAGUAACACUCAAGUGGUGUACUCCUCGCAGCAAUGCUAGUAUGGAAUUGCAGCACUGCUCAUCUGCCUACAGGAUCACAUCUGUUGAUGUUAAUAGCAGACCUUCUUCUUGCCUAACAAAUUUCUUACUGAACGGACGAUGGGUUAUGUUGGAAAUGCCACGCAAGUCAGGAAGUAAAGUCAUAUCACACAUGCUGGCUUGCCAUGGAGGAGAUAUUUAUAUCCACACUAUGUACACUUCACGUAGUAUACUGGAAGAUCCACCGUCAAUCAGUGAGGGAUGUGGAGGUAGGGUUACAGACUACAGGAUUCCAGAUUUUGGAGAACUAAUUAAAGCAAAUAAAUUAGCCCCAUUUCCAGCACCCACAUCAGAAAGUGAAGAGAACUUGACACCACUUGAGCGGAGCAGAGAACAACUUAACAGACACACUAAGUACUGGCCAAUAACAUUGUCUUCAACAUCGCUUUUCAAUUUGGGUCCUCAGAUUGAACCUCUGGCAGCAUUAAUGCUAGAAGACAAUCUAACAGAUGAUGAAGUGGUUGAAUGCAAGCAGGUGAUUCUGUAUCUGAUGAACAUGGAAGCUCGAGGAGACCCUCUUCCAUCUCCCAUGGCAGGGCAGCGAGGGAAGGGAAUGAAACGAGAGGACCAGUAUCGGGCAGUGUGGGCAGAGCUUGAACAAUACCUCCAGCUCCAUCUUCAUACUCCAGCACAUGAAAAAGUUCUUGAAUGCCUGAUGGAGUGUCACAACAAAGCUGCAACCCCAGAAUAUAAAGGAGACGAGAAAGUUGACAUUGAUCAGGCACUGAAGGAAUUAGAUGACUGUAACUAUGUUGCAGAUAGAGACAAGGCUGAGUUUGGGUCUGGUGGAGGAGGCAAGCAUACAGCAGGGGACCUCUCUUUACCAGAUAGCAAGAGAAGAAGAACAGUUCCACCUCCUCUAGCUCCCAUGAGCCGUAGCAGUGGAAUGAACCUCCUCACACUAUGGGAGAACAAAGUAUCGUCAGAAGAGUCACGUCGUUGCUUGGAAUUCCAGGGAAGAGUUAAAUCUGAGGAUAAUGUCACUAAACUCUAUGUUAACCUACAAAAAGAUAAGGAUAAAGAUGAAGUCCCAAGAAAAAAGUAAAAACAUUUGCAAGUAAGAGUUUAAUGUUUAUUUAUAUCAUAAUUUCCUCAAUUACUGUAGGUAUAAAAGUGUAUUAGUUAUUAUAUUCCUGUAUAAAGUAUUGUAAGUAAUCGAUGUUCAACAUGCAGUUAUUAUAUAAAAUGUUUUUGUCCCAUGAGGAGCUAUUUCUCUUGAGAUGAUUAUUGUAGACUUAGAUUUGAUAUGUCACCAUUUGUUUGUAUAUAUAUAUAUGUAUAUCUUUAUAUAAGAAAUAUGUACAGCUAGCAGUUUAUAUAUAAAAGGAUGUUUUUA